AUGGAAAACAAGGGCUACGAGUCGAUAAAAACUGACGAUAAAGACUUGGAAAACAAUGGCCGGCAUCCUGCUAAUUCAGCAAAUUUUGUUUCACUUUUGACCUGCUGGUGGAUGAAUGGCAUAUUCAGAACAGGAAACAAACGCCCAUUAGAACAGUCUGAUUUCCUGCCACUAAACGAAGAAGACAAAACAAAAGUUCAAACAGAAAAACUUCAAGAGCAAUGGGAUGAGCAUGUACGCGAAUGUAGUAUCACCCCUGGCAAACAGCCAAAGCUUUGGAAAUGUGUUCUAAGGAUUUUAUCCUUUAAAGAGGUUUUAUUUUUGCUAAGUUUCUGGUUUAUAGAGUCAGUCUUCCGUGUAACGCUUCCUCUGGCUCUUGGUCUCCUCCUUGCAUUGUUGCAAUCUACAGAAAGGAAUCAGCCUCUGGUGGCUGGUUGCUGUUUAUUUAUUGGAAUCGCUGGAGUAUUAUCCGCUACCACCCAUUACUCUGGUUUUAGAUGUGAUCUUCUGGGCAUGCGCUUGAGUACUGCUCUCAAAGGGAUUGUCUAUCGCAAGGUAAAGGACCUCUGAUGGAUUUUUUUGUUGUUGUAUUGUUAUUGUUGUUUACCUUUUUGCUGUUACAAUCACCAGAAUCUUAAGUUUGUUCGCGAUAGAGCGGUUUUCGUUUGAGCCACUAAAACUGAUUACGGGAGGAAAACUGAAACAGAUAGCGAACGAGAAUAUAAGAACUUGAUUAGUUGAGUGAACAGACGUAGGCUAUGUUUACACUAUAUCGCACUGUGCCAACACGAUUUCGGUUUUCAAAGACGUUCGCAAGCCUUUUGUGACGUUAAGUCGAACCGUGCCGAAUGAUGCUUAGUACACCAAAAAGGACUGAGGCAGAGAAACCUAAACAUUCCUCAGUAAAGCCAACCGACGCAAAGGAGACAAAAAAACAAAGAAAGAACAAAAAAAUAAACAAAAAUUAGAAAAAAUUAAUUACAAAUGAUCUGUUUACCAUGAAAUUCCCCUUUCAUUUGAGCGAGGUUAUGUUAAAAACAAUAUCGGAAGAAAAACUAUUACUUUGGUAUGUGUGGCUGCUAGCCAGCCCAGGACCGCGCGGUAGUUUAAUUUUCGUGCCCUUUUGGGGUCAGGUGACCAAGCCGUUAUUUUUUAAGUUGCAUGAUCGUUAGCUCGGCGGUCAGAGAUUACUUCGCUCGCUACUUUAGCGAUGGAUUUUGGUUUUUCUGGACACAUUUAUAAUAGGCUCACAAGUUUUACGUCAACCUUAUCUACUGGUCAGUAAAACAACAGUGUUAGAAUUGACCGCGUUUGAGUUGUUGUCUCAAUGUCGUCACAGUAUGCUAUUACACACUCAUUACGUUUUAAGUUUCACUCAGUCUCACAGGCUGCAUUUAUUUUUAAAAGCUUAAAUGUUUUGAACCGUUCUUAUGGCAAAGAAAAUGUGCUUGAUAUUAAGAACUGACAGCCGGGUUUGGCGACAAGAUGACUUUUAAUUUUUUUGCAGAUUCAUUUACUAACCCAGCAAAGCCUCCUGACAGCAACAACGGGCAACCUUAUUGACCUCAUAUCAAACGACGUCCAAAGAAUCGAGCUGACCAGCAGAUGGAUUUUUGCCUCUUUCUUCUUUGCUUUAGAAUUUACAGUUGUCAUUGUUUUGUUGCUGCACCUCAUUGGCUGGCCAGCAUUGAUGGGAGUUCUGUUUCUAGUGGCGAUGAUUCUUUGUGUCUUGAUAAUCUCAUAUAUAUGUGCUGGACUGCGCGUGGAAACUGCGGAGGUAUCGGACAGGCGCCUUUUGUUAAUGAAUGAGCUCGUGACUGGUAUACGUGCUCUAAAAACGCAUGCGUGGGAAGAAUACUAUCAAGAAAAAGUGAAGGCUACGAGAAGGUGAGAAUUCUCUAUUUUCCAAUUGCCCAUAAUACACUCUGUUUACCCCCCAAAUUCUGCAUAAACCAUUGUUUUUAAAUGCUCCUGGGAGUAUUGCAUUUUCCCAGGAGCAUUUUAAGACAAUAAGUUAUGCAAAAUUUGGGGGGCAAACAGAGUGUAUUAUGGGCAAUUGGAAAAUAGUCAAUAGUUACGCUAUGUUAAUUUACAUUCAGUACCGGAUACCGGAUUGCUUUUCGUGCCGACACAAAAAGCAAUCCAGUAUAUAGUAUGAACAGCAACGGCAUGGAACUGGAACAAGUCGUUCACACACGUUGAACAUCGUGCCGGAGCGGUUUGCCAGGAGAGUUUGGUGGACUAAAUCCCAGAUUUAACUCCUGCAGAGCAUUUAUUUCUGUUUCAGUGGGUUCUACUCUUCUGUCCUACUUAUUUACUACCGCGACGGUCCAAAUAUGUCAAAUAUUAGGUGGUCGUACUGCACCAAAGUAUGGCACAAAACCUUUGCGUUAUUAUGUGACACGCCGUUUUAGAGAUCGGCGCAGCGCAGCUUCUAUCCGUCACAGAAAUCGGGCCGAAAUCAUCACCGCUCUUGUGUGUGAACAGAAGCCCUAUCCAGUGUGAUUUUCCAGUAUAGUAUAUCCAGUAUAGUAUGAACAUAGUCUUAAUCCAACCGUAUAGUUCGUUUCAAGGGUCUUCUCUUACUCGCCAUCCCUCUCUUGCUCCGGCGGACCAGUAGGAGGGGACGCUGGGAACGAGGUUAACCACACAGAAUAGCAACAAGCAAACUUUUCAGAUUGAAUUAUCUACAUGGAUGCUUUUUUAUGUUAAAUACAGUCAGAAAAGCCAAUGACUAUUCCAAUGUACAUAUCUAUUCAGACGUUGGAUUCUGCGAAUUAUCACUGCUUAGCUUAACUCUUUUAAUCGUUAUUUGUCAACGUUAAAGCACCUCCCUUUACUUAGAAAAUCACUUGGCGCCUUUUGAAUCACGUUCUUGACAUCUAGUUCAGCUACCUUGUCCUUUAAGCAUUAGCAAAAACUCACAAGGGGUUGAAACGUCUAACCCGCGUUCACUAAAUUGCUCGUGAAUAUUCACUUUUACCAUAUUUGGAAACCUUAGUGAGGGAUAUCCAUUUUGAACAAAAUGGCUGCCUCGCGAUCACUAUGCGGCUGUUUUAAGACCAGAGUUCUGCAUUUCAAGAUUAAAAAUACACCGUUAAAAGACAAAAACUGGAAAGAGGAAGUUCAAAAGCCGUGAGAAUGCUCAGUUUUUUUUUUGUGGAGGAGGGGAAGCUUUUCAUCAAGAAAUCGUCCUUCGAGGAAUUCAACCUUGUUUUUUUCACGGCGGAGCGCAUGGUCUGUUUUGAAAUGCAACCAUUUUGCUAAAUUUUCAGGUACGUUUUGGACUCUAUGGACAAGAAAAUUACGUUUUUGGUGGGGAUUUCAGUGUGAAUUUUCAAAUGUCUCACAGACGUUUUAUAGAUUUUUCUCGUCUGCACUAAAGAAAAAUCCCAAAAUGCGCCUCUAUUUGAAAUGGAUUUUGUUUUGAAUUUUGCCAUGUGCUCAGCCGAUUUUACUUACGUGAACGGAUCCACGAUCCGGAUAGUGUUAUGCGAAUUGCUUUAAAGGAUUUGAAUAAAAAUGUUCAAGAAACGGCUUCAAUGUCUAAGAUUUUGAGCUUUUUCAUUCAUAAAAUUAGCUCAAACGCGAUCGUUACACUACAGCAUCCAAGCUGAAUUCAAGCUUAAUGCUUCUCACAUGUCAGGUUCAGUUUUUGGACUCUUUUUGAUACACAGCUAAUGAAUUUUAUUCGAAAAUAUGUUUUAGUGUUUAUUCUAGACUUUUAAUAUAAGAAUUUUAAAAGCCUAUUUGCAGUCAAUAAGUUUACUGCGAAGAGGGUCACCGAGGUAUCGUUUUUUGAAGUGACAACUUCAAGAAGUGGCGCGGUGGUCAGUGGAUUUCAUAAUAUUGCGUUUGGCCAGGGUGGUAAGCCAAUUUCCUGUUCAGUAUUUCGGUAAGAUUCCUGGUUUCAACCUUUGAAAGCUUACUCGGGGUUCGGGAGUUUUUUUCCCCGGCCCUUUGGUCGGCCAUUUUUUUUUAAGCGGGCGCGGGAACGUGAGGUAGAAUUACGUCACGCCCAUUCAACAAGUUUGAUUGGUCAGUUCUAUUUUCUUCUCGUUCCAAAUAUGGUACUUUCGUAAAGGAAUAAUCACUAGCAUCGGACAAAGCAAACAUAUGAGAGUUACACGUUUCAACUCAUUAUGAGUUUCUGGCAUUAGUCAAUAGCAGCAGUGCCUGUUCUCCAGGCAAUUAAUUGUGAGGUAUUUUAAUCCACUGGUAGGGUAUUUGAAUCUAGACAAAUUUUAUCACUAGGUUGUGCUUGCUUAAGGUAUGCUCUUCAAAAGCUAAUAUUGUGCUGUUCGUAUAAAAAAAACUUUGCCCGCAGUAGCUUUAUUCCAAAAGAUAGCAAAGAUUUUCUUAACAUUCUUCCUGUCUUGAGUAGGCCUUUAUACACUCAAUAAUUAAUCCCAGUCAAUAAAAAAUUCAUCUACAACUAGGAAACCAACUAAACUUUCUUUCUUUUACCUACUAGAGCUGAAAUAUGGAUUAUUAUGAAAAAGAGCGCUCUGUUAUGUAUCAUAGAUGGUGUUUCGUUUACGGCGGGCAGUGCAGGAACGUUCCUUUCAGUUUUGGCCAUCAUUUUAACAGGCCACUUCAUUUCGACGCCCACAGCUUUUAUGCUGCUUUCCUUUAUGUUUGCUCUAGAAAAGAUGGCGUUAAUUAGACUAUCAACUUCUCUUCCUUUAUUACUUGAGUUGCCUUCUGCCCUCCAGAGGAUCGAGCACUUUCUUUUAAUGAAAGAAAUUCCCUUCAAACAACUCGAAUACUGCCAGAGUUCGUUUAGGCGAGAGAGUCGUUUUGCAUUGGCGUCGCCGAUUGUGUCUUCCCUAGACGAUCAUCGGACUGUUAAAAUUGUUAGCUCUGAAAACAAGGAUGAGAAAAUAGAUUUCACUUUAUCAGUUUCUGGUCUAACGUGCAAAGUGAAUAGCCUUGGUGAAAAGUUUCUCCUUCAAGAUGUAAGUUUUGCUGCGACCAAAAACAGCCUCACCGUGAUCACUGGUCAAGUAGGCAGUGGAAAGUCAACUCUUUUGGCCACAAUCGCGGGAGAGGUAAUAAUAACAAGUGGUAGCGUAGUCUGUCCCGGAACUUUAGCUUAUGUGCCACAAUCGGCGUGGGUUUUCUCUGGGACCGUCAGAGAAAACGUCCUAUUUGGUGAGCCGUACAAUGAAGAGUGGUAUACUAAAGUUUUAGAGGCAUGUGCGCUAAUCGAAGACAUCGACAGAUUUCCUAGUUGUGACAGUACCUUUGUUGGAGAACAUGGUAUCGUGUUGAGUGGAGGCCAGCUUGCCCGUGUCAAUCUUGCACGCGCCGUGUACGCAGAUGCAGAUGUUUAUCUACUGGAUGAUCCUUUAAGCGCCGUGGAUGUUAGAGUAGGUGAACACAUAUUUGAACAGUGUAUCUGCAAGCUUCUACAAGACAAAAUUAAAGUAUUGGUGACACACGAACAGAAGUACAUGGUGGCAGCUGAUCACGUUUUGGUCCUUGACAACGGGUCAGUAUUAAAGAAUGGCAGUUUUAGUGAACUUUCAGAUGCGGAGAAAAUUUUAUUUACUAUCAAAGAUGCAUCAGUCGCCGCAAAAGAAGCAAGAGAUGAAAGUGGCACGUCUCGAAUGCGUUUCAUAGGCGUCCGUGAUGGAUCAGACGAAACUUUGGAGAUCUCAGAAGAAGAAAGAGCCACCGGAAGAGUCUCUCCUGCUUUGUACUGGAAUUACAUUCGAACUGGAUUACCUUCAUUGGGCGUAAUUCUUGUGAUUUUACUUUGUGUGGUGAUCCAAGGUGAGUAAGCGUUUUUGUGGCGUGCGUGCAUGUAUGAUUAUUGCAUAAAUUAUGAAAUAAUCACGCACACUUGCGACCAUAUAAUAGUGGGGUGAGGCGUUAUAAAUACUUCAUAUAAUAUUAGUUAUCACGUAAUGGGUGUAAUGCUCGCUUAAGUUUGGGUGUUGGGACACGUUCCAUGAAGUGAUUUUUUGGGUGUUAAGGUAGAAUGUGUAAUCAGUCAAUUUUUGAUCCUCUCUUUCUAAAGGAGCGAGAAUUACCAUAUUUAAUUCUUGUGCAUGGGUGGGGUAAGUUUACGACCGAGUGUAUUUGAGAACGAAAUGGUGGCGAAAAAUUCGUUGCAAUAAAGUUUUCUAAAAACCCCAAUGAUGCAGGACUAAGAGCUGUUUCUUUUUACGGUGGGUCUAUGAUUCAUAGUUUACUAUGUUUUACGAUUUUUUAAAGAUGUGUACAUACGAUGAAAUCGAAGAACGCUCUUAAAAGCUGUAACUCCCGCUUGCUUGGAGAUUAGAUAAGAAAUGAGGAGGGGGUAGCCUGAAUUUCAUCCGAUUACUUCGAGUCGUUAUUAUUUCCUCAGUAACGUCUGAAUCGACCGGCCGUUAAUGCCGUCCAGUGGCGUGACUACUCCUUUGCUUUAAUUCAAGCAAAGAGUAAAACCCGAUUUUCAAGUGGCAGACCGAGAAAUAUCGUUUGGAAAUGUCUGCAUGAUGCAGAAUUGCUUUACUUUUUUCGAUCUUAAUUCAUAUUUAACUGUCAAACUAUCAACUGCAUGCAGUACAGCUCUGAACCGGUUGUAAUUCCAUAAUCAAAGUCGGCCCAAUCGCGUAAUGAAAUAAAUACACACACGGAGCACUUAAUUAAAAAACACAACGGAUUGCUUUAGUUGAUAAGAAGCAGUCAUAUCUGGUCCUCAACGAAGAAACAAACAAGGAAACAAGAAAGAAAAGCAAAGAAAAUCAUUACGUAUACACUUGACGGUGAAAAUAGCAAGAAGGUCGAAUUAUAACAUUGAUCUCAGAAAACUUCGCAUAAACAAAAUCACUGCCGAAACCACUAAGCGGCUCUAAAUGGAAAACCUAUCGACUCUCUGCAGUGAUUCUUCAUUCAGUUCAAUUUAGCAUUUCGGUUUCGAAGACAAGGGCAAUUUUACUGUUUACUAUAAAGAUUAUCGAAAUGUUUGAACUCCACGCAAGCAUGCCAGUGAUGCGAUCCGCUGCAUAUCAAGUGACAAUCCCUCUAAAAUGUCUCAUAAUUAUACAUAAUUAUGUGAAUGUGUAGACAAUCAACCAAUCAAAAUCACUACACGGUUUUCGGGUAGUAGUGACGUCACUGGACGGCAUUAACGGCCGGUCGAUUCAGACGUUACUGAGGGGGUAAGAACGACUCGAAGUAAUCGGAUGAAAUUCAGGCUAAGGAGGGAAUUAAUUCUACACAAAACAGGAUUUCCUCGCUAAAAGGUUUUCAUUUCCUACUCAUAUCGACGGUCGAGUAUUCUUCAGGAUAUUUACUAUUUACAGCGUAUUUGACGAUAUGUUUCUGAAUUGACUGAGUAGGUAUGUAUGAAUACAUGAAAAUCGAGGGCCUCGAUUCGAGAGAAAUUACAUCACUGCCAGACAGCAAAAACGUGAUAAACAUGACGUUUCUUUUCAGUCAUCGCCAAGACUCAUUUGCAUGCAAUGAAAGUUUGUACAACACGGUGCCCGACCUGUUAGCCUCACCAUCGAAGUUUUGCUCGUUAAAGUAUUCAUUCACUUUUUCCAAAGUAAUUAAUGCUUUCAAGCGAUAGAAUUCGUGAACCGACCCGUUUCGGAAAGCUCUACAUUUUUCGCAUUAAGCUUUCCUAAGUUUUCUUCUCAAAACAUCAGCAUGGCGCUGGUCACGCCGCGAUUCUUAUCACCCGUUUCCACUGUCUCUGUUUGCAACGCCUAUAACCAUGACUGUCCUUUUGGCGUGCACGCAGGAAAAAAAAAGAGAAAAAAGAAAAGAAACGCCUGCAAAUUUAGAGUCUCGCUGCUAAAGCAAGAAGUUAAGAUUUUGGCUACAAGUGGUGCCACUUACUAGAAAGGCUCUUACCCUGUUUUCUCGGGGGAGCCCCACGCCUCUAAUUCAAAUUUCCGAAUCAUUAUUAAACUUUCUAUUUGAGAAUGACAGCCUUGCAAAGUCGUUCUUUCCUUUCUUAGUUAAUUUCUUUUUUUUAUUGAGACCUUGAGAGUUGUUUGGGCGGGGGCAAAGGUAGACUGCUUUACUUUAUCCCUCACUUUGUGUGGUCCUGAGGAAGGGGACGAUAACUCGCUGUCUAGGGAAAAAGUAGAGUCAUGGGUAUGUUUGCCACUGCAAAUUUAAAGUGAACUGGCCGCUGUUGAAGGUAUCGAUUUGAGCAUUUAAGUCUGGGAUAGGGUAUGUAAAACAGUGAGUCACGUUUUUUUAUUUCUUCUUAAGUUCUUUCGUUUCCAUUGCAGGUGUUAUGUUAUUGCCAGAAAUCUGGUUAUAUUUUUUGACGCGGAUGUCCUGGAAAAAUCAACAAGACAAAACAACACUACAGAUUUACGCCGGUCUCGUGGCCGCUUCCUUCUUUUCUGGUAUGAUACGCGCUGCUCUUGUGUACAAUACAUUACUCAGGUCAGCCAGAAAACUGCACGAUAAAAUGGUCUCAUGUCUCCUUCGGGCUCCAGUUCUAUUUUUUGAUACAAAUCCUGCUGGACGCAUACUCAAUAGGUGCUCCAAAGACAUCGGCUAUAUUGACGAACUUCUACCCAAAACGUUUUUACAUGUCACCGGCAUUUCGUUGGUCCUCCUUGCGGCAAUAUUGCUGCCUUCGUUCUUGAACUUCUGGCUCUGUCUGGUUACCAUUCCAUUUUUGGCCGCUUGCCUCUAUCUCACACGGUAUUACUUGAAUACAUCACGAGAGCUCAAGAGACUGGAGUCAAUCUGCCGCAGUCCUGUUUUCUCGCACUUCUCGGAGACCGUGGCUGGUUUAAGCACGAUUCGAACCCGAAAAAAGGAAAGAGAUUUUAUAGAGCAGUUUUACCGGUAAGUAUUUUUCCGCUGCUCUUACAUUUCUUGUAACUCGGACGCGUGACGUAACGACAGCGAGCAGGAGCCCAUGCAGCGACCUUGUGGAAAUGCAAAAUUCGACAAAAUUUACUGAAAUAUUUAACACUAUUGAACACUAUAUCAUAAUUUUUGAGUAAUCAGUUGUUUUUUUGUGCGGUUUAAAGCUGCUGUUCUCUGCUUACCGCUGUCACUGAAAAUCAUACACUAAAAGGAAAAACGACGGAGAGGAAAGAAGACGGCAAACCUUGUGUGGCAAGCGUGACAAUAUUUUUGUUCAAAAGAACUUCACCUUUCUUUUAACAGAUCUUUUUGUAAAAGACCAGGAAUCAUCAAUGUUCACGGAAGAUCACGACAAAACACUCGAGCAAUAGCCCUGUCACGUUUGUCACAAACAACCGCUUUGCCAUCCUGUUGCGUAAACUCACUAAAGGUCUAUUUACGGGAAGGCUCGGCCCGAAAGGGGCAUCUUUUUUGAUAUAGGCUUCACGUAUAGACAACAGUAGGGAUUUCACUAGCUGAAGUAUAUGAAAGGUAGGAAAAUCUAAGAUUUCGGUCUGUAAAUGGACCUAAAGAGCUAACAGAUCUCUUUAGCAAAUGCAUCUUAUGGAAACUAAAAAGACAAGUCUAGAAAAUUUCAUUCAUAUUAAGAAGACAGUACACUUAACAGAAGUUUUGAAAAGAGAUAAAGUAUUUUAAACUAGGUAUGUGAAAAGCGUACAAAGUGGUAGAAGCUAAAGGGUAUGGGAUCGGACAUUAGGGCGAAUCCUUCCCGUACAAAACGUUGUUGAAUAGUCCCCGAAACUCCGGGACUGAGGGCUUUUAAUUACCAAAAUUUUGCGAAAUUCCUGUCACAUUCACGCGUCCCUGACAGAAAUUGGGCACAAUUUAGUUGUCAAUUUCGACGCCCGCCUAGCUGUGCUUGCCUCCAGCAAGGUGAGAGAGGCAAGCGAACAACAUAGGGGUCAAACCCCAUCCAAAUCACAAGAGACUGGGAGGUGUACGGUGAAUGAACAUUAUUUCUUUAAUCAGUACAGUGCGUUUCGAUUUUUGAUUUUGCGAAAUCACUAAAAAUCAACUGCCAAACCAUGAGAGAUGAUCUGUUGCGUUAAUAGCGGGGCUCCCGCGCGCGCGAAGCGCGCGUGGGACAGAGCCCCAUACUCAUGGAAUAUGGUCAACCUCUUUUCGUUUGGUUGUCACGUGAUUGACCGAGCGUACGUACGUACGUACGUACGUACGCGUCUACAGAUUGUAUGGGUGGGGUAGGGGAGACUAUCAAAAGGAAGGGAGGGGUGUCUCAGGCGUGUCUUGGCAAGCCCACAUCUUUAAUAUAGGAAAUUAACAAUAUGGUCAAUUGACAGCUGUCCAAACAGGAUAGCCACUGACCAGUAUCCCAUGACCAUAUCGCGGGCUCAUGUGUCAACUCAUCGAGGUGACGUGAUUUAUUUGGAAGCUGUCCGCUGACCAGUUAACUGUUUUACUAGAUCGCGAACAACGUUCAAUCUCAUACUUUUACUAGUUUGGGAGCACAGGAAAACUGAUAAUGCACACAUAUUGGACAUCAAUGUUUUGAUCAAUUGACAGCUGUCAAAACAGAGUACCCGCUGACCAGUAUCACUUGACCGUAUCGCGGGCUCGGGGUCGACCCGUCGAGGUCAAGUAUUUUUGAAGUUAUCCGCUGACAAGUAAACUAGUUUUCAAGUGAUCGCAGGCUCAAGUUCAAUUUUUUUUUCUUAAUUCAUAUGAAAUAUGUUGUGUUUAUGUGCUGCACAAUUAAAAUUUUGAUUGCAAACUGACCUCGGACGUGAAAAUUCAGCCAGCUGUUACAGGCAGGGAAGACAGUUGCUUUUGUUUUUUCUCACAAUGGUCACGCGUUGGUCACGCUCUACGUCCAAUUUUUAUGCUCUGAUUGGUCAAAAUUUGACAUGUGAGUUCAUGCGCAAAAUUUAUGCAGCAUCUUGAAUCUUGUUUACUUUAACAGCUGAAGCUGACAGAGUUUUGUGUCAACUUGUGAUGUUUUUAACUGUCUUUUUCCACUGGAUGUACAAAAUGAAAUUCAGCUGCUAUCAGGAGUCUUCUGUUACUCAUGGCUAGUUUGUUUAUUGGGUUUUGGUUGAGAAAACGUCGCUUGUCAAAGUCGGAAAUCCGAUUUCGGAUGGCAUCGUUUUCGUUUUCACCUUGCUUGAUGCGUAAGAGGAUUGCAAAGUCUGAAGCGAUACUGGCUUUAUCUGAUAACUUUCAGGAGCUGCAUCUCGAAUGGUAAGCCAGAGAAAUUAUUGUAUUUCAUGUUUGUUUUUGUAUCUAAUUUAAUGAAGUGGAGCGUAGUUUAUGCGGGAAUUUAGUUUAUGCGCGUUUGUAAGUUUUGAGACAACGAUCUCACCGAGUAUCUGGUUUGAUAUAAUCUUACAGAACUUUAAAAAGCCUUUAGACAGUUUCUCACCGCAAAUAGAAAGAAAAUGUUCCAAAGAAUCUUUAGUUAUAAUUCUAGCCGGAAAAAAAGCUUUGAGCGAUUUUCUUGCCUCGAGUUCGUCUUUGAAAAAACAAACACCGGGAAGCUGGCUUAAAACAUAAACUUCAGCAAACUUAAGCUUGAAGCUUGAAGACUCAGGAUAUUUAGGGACACUUUAAUACUUGUCUUCCUGAAUGAAAAUUGUUGUCUCUGUUUAUGUUUCACCGAAUUAUAUUUCUUUUAUUGAUUGUUGGUAGUCUCUCUUGCAAUUUUAAUCGCUAUGCCGAUUGUUUUCAGUCGUUCAGUGAACAUCGCUUGCAGGAGUUCUCAAAAUGCCGCGCGUUAAACCAUCAAAUAAAAAAUAAACAUGAUAAAUUCUUUAUUAUCUUGGAGCGUAACUCUGUUAAUGUUCAUUCAAACACUCGCUACAGCUCGCACUACAAAAGUGAGAACCGGAUGGCCGUAUAGGUGAUUUUGGAAAAUUUUUUUAACAGUUUAUGAAUAUUGAAUGAGAGCAAUUUGUAUUGUAAAAUACUGCUUUCUGUCCAUGGUAUAAAAGGUUGGUUUACAUGCACCCAGAUUUGUUGGCAAGAUUUUGCAACGUAAACUUGUCGAACGCCAAAACGUUGGCCUGAUUUUUUUUCGAAGCCUAAUUGAUCUACGGUGAUCAAUAGCCAUUACGGCUCUUAAAUGUGAUAAAAGAUGAUUACCAGUUUUUGAGUGUACGUAUGAGGCUAUCAACUCGAUGUAAGAUUUGGUUCACUCUUGGGCUGUUUGCAAAUUAUUUUUCUCUAAAAUCAGGUAGCCUUUCCCUCAAAAGUCACAUAAAUGUGCUCUAAGUUAACUGAAUUGUGGAAUUCGAAUACAAGUUUAUUGUUUAAUUUAAAUUAUAAAUUUAUUAAUGGGAGCCUCGCUUUUAGCCCUGGCUAAAUCUAUAUAUUAUACAUAUAUCACUAUAAUUAAUAAAUUUUUGUAUUUGCCGGCACUGAAAAAACUUUUUAUCUCUAGACAUCAAGACCUGCAUAACCAAUCGUUUUACAUGGUAUCAGCAUGUUCUAACUGGAUUGGAGUAAGAGCCGAUUGCCUGUUUAGCGUAUUAACAACUGCAGCAGCUUUUGGGUUCUCUUAUCUCUUCCAGUUUCAAGGUAAGGGCUAUAUCGCGCAACUCAGGGAAGAUAAAUUGUUACUCCAGUUUUACGACAGACUCUCGGCGCUGAGACAAGUGCGAUGAUAAAGACCUUAUCUGAAUAGCAAUGACGGAAAGCUACACUUUGAUGCAGCUGCUUUCUCUCAUACUGUUUUUAUACUACUACAUGAAAAAUUUCUGCAAUUUGAUUGGCUCAGAGCAGUGGUAUUUCAGCUUAAUUUGAAAUAUCUUCAUGUGAAAAUUACAAACCUUUUACGGGUAGUAGUAUAAACAAAUAAUAGGAUGAUUUGUACGUGAUAUUUGGCAUAAAUACCGCUCGUGAUAUUUCAAAAUUGUCUCAAAUCUCACUCGCCUAACGGCUCGUGAAAUUACGUAUAACAAUUUCGAAAUAUCACUCGUAGUAUUUAUCGCAAAUAUCACUACAAAUCAUGCUAUUACCAAUACUAAUUGCGACUUUAAUUGCAACUCGCAGAAACUGUCAAUCCUGCCUGAUAUAUUAACUAUCCUAAAAGAAAAUGUAUAUAUUACAUUGUAAACUGAUCAUUAGCCGAGUUAGAAAUUUAGUUAAAAUCUUUUAAAGCGUUACAUUCGUUAAGGUCAGAGACUGAUCCGUCAGAAUGUCCUAAUGCGUUCUGGGGCGGCUACCUCAUACGUAUGCAAUAUAAUUCGCCUUCAAUGAUGUUUUUUUUUUUCCCAAUUCACUUGCAGCAUUUACUGGUCUUGUCCUGGCGUACGCCAUCAACACUGCAAAGGGGUGCCAAUUUGCUGUGCGACAAUUUGCAGACGUUGAGGACGCCAUGACGUCUGUCGAGCGACUCAUGGCUUACGCCAAUCUCAAGCCCGAGCCAGGGUACAACAUCAAAACACUUCCGCCCGUCAACUGGCCUAACGCUGGCAGCCUUAGUUUUAGAGAUGUUUCUUUGAGGUAUUACCCAGGUGGUCCACAAGUUUUGAAACAUUUAACUUUUGACAUUCGAGAGAAACUGAAGUUAGGAAUUGUUGGUCGCACCGGAGAUGGAAAAUCGUCAAUUGUGGCAGCUCUUUUACGCAUGCCUGAGGCUGACGGAGAGAUUUUAAUCGAAGGCGUCUCUAUAAAAAGCAUACAACUGCAGGAGUCGCGAAAAUGUGUUUCAGUGCUCAGCCAAUCACCUGUUCUCUUAAGUGGAACGAUAAGAAAAAAUCUUGAUCCUCUGGAGAAGCACAGAGAUGACGAACUAUGGAACGCCCUUGAAGUGGUAACAAUAAAAAAUUUGGUUAAAAACCUGGAAGGGCAACUUGACUACGAGCUUUUAGAGAGAGGCGAGAACUUUAGUGUAGGUGAACGACAGUUAAUCUGCUUAGCUCGCACGCUACUGCAGCAGAGUAAAAUCGUCAUCUUAGAUGAGCCAACAGCGUCCGUCGAUCCUAAGACAGAGCAAAUAAUCUGGACCACCGUGCACGAGAAACUGAAGAAUUCCACUGUGAUCACUAUAGCUCACCGACUGAACACUGUCCAAGAUUGUGACAUAAUUCUAGUAUUAAAAGAAGGCCAGGUCGCUGAGAUGGACACCAUUGAUACCCUGCUUGGACAAGAAGAUGGGAUUUUUUACAGCAUGGCCGCUUCCCAAAACUUAUUUCAUGAAUAGCCCUUUUGAUGAGUUUUUGUUCAUUUAUCGUUCCUCCAGAACUGCUUGGAUUCAGCUCUUGGACAUGCAUUUUGAGAAGCGGUGAACGACACUAGCCUCUAGCUUCUAGCCACCUCAUUCAAUAGGAUGUGUGGGAGACCUCUUCCGUUCAUCUGAACGGUUCAGACUGUUUUUCACUAUUACAGGAUGCUACCCCGAGGGAUGGGGGCUUCUCCGAGGACUGACUCCUGAGAAAUUAGGGUGGGAGUGUGCGUCAUGCUUUCUAAAGCCUUUACCCUAUUUGUAUAGGUUCUAUUGUGUUGACUUCUUUGUUUUCUUUGUUUUACGUUACCCGUGAGUUUAACAGGUUCUUAAACCGAGGAUGAGCCCUCUUUUGUACGUAGUUUUGUGUAUGUUUUAAUGAAUAACAAAGCUAUAAUAGAAUAAAAGUCAAUCUUGUUAAAGGGCUAUAAUUAGCUUUACUAUACUAUGCCCUUCUCCAUACUUAAUUUUCUUGCUAACUUUUUUACUGCGCUUUUCACAAACAUGCGAACUCUAAAGUUCAAAAGACUCCUUCACAAUUGCAUUUUUGGCUGCUGUCAAUCAUAAUUACGAUCACAAGCAACGAACCUUGAAAUGCAGAAACACACAAAACGGAUCGAAAUCCACCAAUCACAAAUCACAAAACAUGACCUUUUGAACCUGUUAAAGUAAAGUUUUGUUUCCUAAGAGGUCCGUUAAGAUGAUUGAAGGCAGCGAAAAACGUAAUCGUCAGUUGGCUUUUGAACUUCAGAAUUCGCAUGUUUUUGAAAAGCGCAGUAAGGAGGUCGCGAAAACAGACCAAUCCUCCGCGUGUUUUUCGCAGAAGUUUCGGGACAUCUCUGCACAUUACUUUCUUGGAGCCUAGAACAGCUUAGGGUUCAGCAGCAACCGGUGUUUCCGGUUAAUCUACGACACAAAUCGUAAGGUGUUGAUCAAAGAACCUUCGAACCUUCCUUAGACCAGCCUUUUAGGUUUAUCAUUGGACCUUGCGAGUCGGCCUGGAGAUUUGCGGUAUUAAAUAAAGCGGUAAAUUGUGGUGAGCAUAUUCAUAAUAUAUAGAUUUAGCCAGGGCUAAAAGCGAGGCUCCCAUUAAUAAAUUUAUAAUUUAAAUUAAACGAUAAACUUGUAUUCGAAUUCCACAAUUCUGUUAACUUUCUUAGAGCACAUUUAUGUGACUUUUGAGGGAAAGGCUACCUGAUUUUAGAGAAAAAUAAUUUGCAAACAGCCCAAGAGUGAACCAAAUCUUACAUCGAGUUGAUAGCCUCAUAUGUACACCCAAAAACUGGUAAUCAUCUUCGAUCACAUUUAAGAGCCAUAAUGGCUCUUGAUCACCGUAGAUUAAUUAGUGGAAAAAAAAAUAAGGCCAACUUUUUGCGUUCGACAAAUUUACUUUGCAAAAUCUUGUCAACAAAUCUGGGUGUGUGUAAACCAACCUUUUAUACCAUUUAUACAUCACAUCUGAGGUGAAACAGUAGUAUGAGGCACUGUUUUUAUCAUACCGGCAGACCUCGGACAGAAAGCAGUAUUUCACAAUACAAAUUGCACUCAUUCAAUAUUCAUAAACUGUUAAAAAAAUUUCCAAAAUCACCUAUACGGCCAUCCGGUUCUCACUUUUGUAGUGCGAGCUGUGGCGAGUGUUUGAAUGAACAAUAACAGAGUUACGCUCCAACAUUAUAAAGAAUUUAUUCUGUUUAUUUUUUAUUUAAUGGUUUAUUAACGCGCGGCAUUUUGAGUACUCCUGCAAGCGAUGUUCACUGAACGACUGAAAACAAUCGGCACAGCGAUUAAAAUUACAAGAGAGACUACUAACAAUCAAUAAAAGAAAUAUAAUUCGGUGAAACAUAUACAGAAACAACAAUUUUCAUUCAGGAAGACAAGUAUUAAAGUAUCCCUAAAAAUCCUGAGUCUUCAAGCUUCAAGCUUAAGUUUAUGUUUUAAGCCGGCUUCCCGGUGUUUGCUUUUUUCAAAGACGAACUCGAGGCAAGAAAAUCGCUCAAAGCUUUCUUUUCCGGCCAGAAUUAUAACUAAAUAUUCUUUGGAACGUUUUCUAUUGGCGGUGAGAAACUGUCUAAAGGCUUUUUAAAGUUCUGUGUUUAUAUCAAACCUGAUACUCGGUCAGAUCAUUGUCUCAAAUCUUACAAACGUGCAUAAACUAAGUGACCGCAUAAACUCCGCUCGACUUCAUUAAAUUAGAUCCAAAAAAACAAACAUCAAAUACAAUAAUUUCUCUGGCUUACCAUUCGAGAUGCAGCUCCUGAAAGGUAUCAAGAAAAGCCAGUAUCGCUUCAGACUUUGCAAUCCUCUUACGCAUCAAGCAAGGUGAAAACGUAAACGAUGCCAUCCGAAAUCGGACGUCCGACUUUGACAAGCGACGUAUUCCUCAACCAAAAACCCAAUAAACAAACUAGCUAUGAAUAACAGAGGACUCCUGAUAGCAGCUGAAUUUCAUUUUGCACAUCCAGUGAAAAAAGACAGUUAAAAAACAUCACAAGUUGACACAAGACUCUGUCAGCUUCAGCUGUCAAAGUAAACAAGAGUCAAGAUGCUGCAUAAAUUUUCCGCAUGAACUCACCUGUCAAAUUUUGACCAAUCAGAGCAUAAAAAUUGGACGUAGAGCGUGACCAACGCGUGACCAUGGUGAGAAAAGUCAAAAGCAACUGUCUUCCCUGCCUGUAACAGCUGGCUGAAUUUUCGUGUCCGAGGUCAGUUUGCAAUCAAAAUUUUAAUUGUGUAGCACAUAAACACAACAUAUUUCAUACAAAUUUAGAAAAAACUUGAACUUGAGCCUGCGAUCACUUGAAAACUAGUAACUUGUCAGCGCAUAACUUCAAAAAAUACUUGAUCUCGAUGGGUCGACACCUGAGCCCGCGAUACGGUCAAGUGAUACUGGUCAGCGGGUACUCUGUUUUGACAGCUGUCAAUUGAUCAAAACAUUGAUGUCCAAUAUGUGUGCAUUAUCAGUUUAACUAGUAAAAGUAUGAGAUUGAACAUUGUUCGCGAUCUAGUAAAACAAUUAACUGGUCAGCAGACAGCUUCCAAAUAAAUCACGUCACCUCGAUGAGUUGACACAUGAGCCCGCGAUAUGGUCACGGGAUACUGGUCAGUGGCUAUCCUGUUUUGACAGCUGUCAAUUGACCAUAUUGUGAAUGUCCUAAAAUCCUAUAUUAAAGAUGUGGACUUGCCAAGACACGCCUGAGACACCCCUCCCUUCCUUUUGAUAGUCUCCCCUACCCCAUCCGUACAAUCUGUAGACGCGUACGUACGUAUGUACGUACGUACGCUCGGUCAAUCACGUGACAACCAAACGAAAAGAGGUUGACCAUAUUCCAUGAGUAUGGGGCUCUGUCCCACGCGCGCUUCGCGCGCGCGGUAGCUCCGCUAAAAAUCUUCAUAUCUCUUUACAGUGGCGGAUCCAGGGGAGGGACCCGGGGGGCCCGGCCCUCCCUUAUUUUUAGACCAAAAUGAGGCCCGAAGGGCCGAAAAAAAUUUUUUUGGAAGCUGCCCCUCUUUAUCUCAGGGUCUGGAUCCGCCACUGCUUUAUUACAAAAAGUUUCAUUUUUCAAGUAUGGGGAAUAGAUUGAUUGGUUCUUCACAUUAUUUCGUGUUUUGUAAACAGCCAUGGAUUGGAAUGCUAACAAUACUCAAUCAAUGGAAGUAAAAUCCUUUCCCAAGGCAAAGAAUGCAAAAAAGUUAGUUAAAUACCCCCAAAACCAAGAUUUCUUAUGGUCACUCUACAGAACGUAUUAAAUAGAAAGGGAAAUCUCUUUACACAGUCAUUUGUAUCAUCCAAAGUUUCUAGUUCUUGCCUGAUAUUAAGCGAACAACGUUCGAUUGCAUUUAUUUUGAAAAUACAUAUUAGGGCCAUUUAUACGAGGAAAAAUAAGACGUGUCUCACUGUACAUAAGACGCGUCUUAAAUAAGACGCGAACUGUACCAUUUAUACAAGCAUGUCUUAUCUAAGACGAAAACAGCUCGUAUAAAUGGUUCGCGUCUUACUUCUGUUAUUGACUCGUUUUCAUGUGAGUGUUGCUCGUAGCAACGGCAACCAACAGAGGCCGAAAAUUUUCCCGCCUAAAAUUAACGCAUGCGUACUAUGCGUUCACGUGUUAUGUAAGACGCGAAGGUCAUUUAUACGAAGUUUUUCUCGUCUUAGCUAAGACGCGUCUUAUCUAAGAACAGGUGUUAAGGGCUGUUCUAAAAUAAGACGCUUCUUAGCUAAGUCGCGUCUUAUUUCAGACGUAAUGUGCCGUUUAUACGGAAAGUUCGCGUCUUAUUUAAGACGCGUAUUAUUUUUCCUCGUAUAAAUGGCCCCAUUGUUCGAGAUGACUUAUCACGAACAAAAAAAAUAAAAUAUUCACAGUUGUUAUAAAAGUUAUUGAAGCAUAUGAAAUGAUUCUUGGCUACUUUCAUUUCCAUAAAUGAGGCUAUCCAUCAUUGACUGACUGCGUACUCAACCUAGACUUUGGUGACCGGCUGCUGCAUUAAUGCCAAUGUUGAAAUUGCUGAUACCUCUGCAACGUUAUGUAAGUAGCCACUUGAUGUAUGUACGAGUUCAACCUUCGUUGGAUUGAAUUUCUUAGUCCUUUAAUAAUUAAAGCAUGUUUAUGCCAUGCAAGCCAGGUCCUUGGCUACGUCUUAUUUGCUUAUUUGUAUAAGGCCCGUUAAUCGACAUAUAUUAAGAGGAAACAAGUCGCUACUGAGAAAAAGAAUCUCUACACCCAUUAGAAGCCAAGAGAAGUGGCUCAGUGACCUUCAGGUCGAAAAUGCAAGUGAUAUUGAUUGGAAAGAUGCAUACACAAUCGCUUUCCACUGUACCGCUUCUACAAAAUUAAGAACUUUUCAUUAUACGUUUUUGCAUCGGAGGAUUGCUACCAAUGAUUUUUUAAAGAAGAUUAAUUUAAAGCAACCGGACAAAUGCUCUUUUUGCCAAAGGGAAAUAGAGUCUAUAUCUCAUCCAUUUCUGAGAUGUUCGCCAACAAUUGCUUUUUGGAACGAUGUUAAACAAUUUUUAAUUCAAAAGGGCCUCAAGAGUACUGCACUAACCGAUUUGCAUCUGACGGGACUCUCUAAAUUUGCACCCUCUACCGCCACUGAUCUCGUUCUCCUUAUUGGGAGAUACCAUAUAUACUCGAGCAAACUUGCAGGUACGUCUCCCUCCAUGACUCUUUUUAAGGGCAAACUAAAUUCCGUCAUUGAGAUGGAAAAACAAGAAGCACUCCGCUGUAAUUCUUUCACCGUCUUUUCAAACAAAUGGAAAUUCUUUCUUACCUAAAUUUGUUGCUUGCACUGGUUACCCUCUAGCUAAUCGCUUUGAUUUAGCCAUGUGUCCUGCAAAGUUGAGCCAUCCACCGUCCACCGUUCACCGUCCUUUCCUUUUAUUGUAAGUAGCUAAGCAAAUUCAAGCAUAAAUGUAACCUCAGCUAUUUUUAUGUUUGUUUCGUCAAGUUGUAAUAUGUAUACGUUUUGUGUGAUGUAAAUUAAAUAUAUAUAUAUAUAUAUAUAUAUAUAAAAAAAAGAAGAGGAAACAACUACGCAACAUGCAAUUGUGUUUUCGGUACAACGAAUAUCGUAAGGUGUAGAUCAACGAACCAAUGUGUUAAACCAAUGGUUUGCGCUAGAUUCGCCGCGAAAGCUGAUUGACAACGGUAUUUAUUGCCUGAGAGUUAUUGAACCGUGUGAAUCGGUCCUGAGAUAUGCACUGAAUGUAGAACUCACGAUAAUAUUGUAUAUCUCUCCAUUUUAAACUUAUGCUUUAAUCUAGUGACAAAAAUCAUUCAAAAGUGAACCGAAACUUAAGCUGUAUUAUUAUUGAUUCACAUCAAAUUUGCAGCCGGAGGAACUACAAAUGUUCAUGGGCUUAUAUAAAGAGAAUAAGGGGGUAAUUACAUGAGACCGGGACGAACUGAGACCGGUAUGAGUUCGUAUCGCUCUCCAUACAUUUCUUUUUAUGCGUUUACAUGGGACCGACCUAAAAACGAACUCAGAGCGGUCUGACUUCGUGUCGGUCGCUGACCCGACACGAGUUAUUUUCGUACCGGUCUGAGACUGUACCGUUCUCAUGUAAAACGAAAACGAAUCUCAGACCGGGUCCGUAAAAAGCAUGUUUCUUCGAAUUGCUCCAUCAUUUUUGCUUUUUCUUAAGGGAUUAAUUACAUGAGACCGGGACGAACUCAGGCCGGUACGAAUUUGUAAUUUUUGCAGUCGUUUACAUUAGACCGGAGCGAAACGCUUCGUUGAUUACACGGGACCGGUACAAACUCAAAAACAGGAGAUUCUUGGAGCUCUAUAACUUUCUUAAGUGGAUUAUUUAACAUAUUAUCCACUAAAAGUCUGAGUUCGUUCCGGUUUCAUGUAAUUACCACCUUAGCAAAAUAAGAACACUGCACUUUCUUAAUUGGCGUAAAUUGUGUACCAGUUAGGACUUUUAGUGAAUAAUAUGUUGAAUAAUCGACUUAAGAAAGUUAUAUAGCUCCAAGAAUCUCCUGUUUUUGAGUUUGUACCGGUCCCGUGUAAUCAACGAGGCGUUUCGUACCGGUCUCAUGUAAACGAGUGCAAAAAUUACAAACUCGUAUCGGCCUGAGUUCGUCCCGGUCUCAUGUAAUUACCCCCUUAUCAGUUAGUCGUGAAGAAGCGGGUAAAUCUGCAUAUUUGCCGAUGUGAUUGCACUGGGGUGUAACUUUUGUUUCAAAUCUGACUGCUAUUCACAUCUUCUAUCUCCUGAUUUUUUCCCUGUUAAAAGGUAACUGAGCUCAGUUUGCCCCGACUAAAUUUCUGGUAAAUCUAUUUUUUAUGUAAAAAAAACUUUCAUUCGUUGUAGAGCUCGGGAACUAGUCUAAAAAAAAAUAACUGCAUAAUUUAUUGGCCAGCAGCAGACUAGUGAGGCGAAACCGCACGGAAAAAUUAAGGGAAUUUUUGUUCCUCAAAAAAAAAAAUUCCAGGGUUCUUGCUCGUUUUACUAUGGCUGUGGUCAUACUACAGAGUUAAAUCACGAUUUAGCUAUUAAAUGUACAACCCAAAGAUGUUCAUUCCCAGAUCUUGAUGGAUCGAGAUCAACCUCUGAGACACGGCAGGGGCAUUUAGCCGUGUCGGGAGAAACGGCACGACGAAAGUUUUCAAGGCUAAUGAUCCAAAAACCGGCGUACUUUCUCUCUCCUGCGCAGAGGCUUCCGCUAGGUAUCCCAAUAAAAAUAUCAAUAAUCCAAAAAUAGAUAGCGCGCGGGGGACGAUGGAAAGAGGGGAAAAGUGGGCCUCGCUUCCUCUCUUUUCCCUUCCCAUCAUCCCCUGCGCGCUUUCUUUUUUCCCUCUCGCCAGCCUCCCUAAGACACAAAGAGGCCUGUGAGGCAGUUUCCCAGAAACGUAAAAUGAUCCGAGGAGAGAUGAGUACAUCAGUUAUCUAAAUAUCCAUCAAAAUCCCUGAGUUACGAUCAAGGGGAGGGGCCUGGACAAACGUCUAUUUUCUUCCUUCCCCACCCCAUUCCAUUGUGCUAGCAGUCAAUGAAGCACCCGCGGUUUAAUUUAUUCUUCCACACGCUCGACGGUCUUUUAAGAGAUAGACUUCAGGUAAGGGAAUCCGGGAAAUGUUUUGUCUGCAAAUUCAGGAAUCCUGGUCUUUGGAACCCGAAAUACAUCUCAAGGAAUCCGGAUCCCACUAACGAUUGGAAUCCGGAAUCAAAAGUUCCAGUGACGAAGAAUCCGGAAUCCAUGGCGUGGAAUCCAGAAUCCAAGACUUUCUUGGAUUCCCUUACAUAGGGCGAUACACUGUUUACAGUCCUCUUUUUUUUCUUAAGAUCGUCGCGCGAGAUCCAGCACUCACUGUCACUGGGAGCCAUUUAGUAAUUAGUUUCAAAAUGUACCAAGGGGGCGGGCGUCGAGGUUUACAGUGGUAAAAACUGGAUAGUCAUCUUUAAGUUAUUCUGCGCUCUUUUGAUCAUAUUUGCAUGGAAAAGGCGCUUUAAAAUUUUUAAUCAUUAUUAUUUGUUACUCGGUCAAGAUGGUCCCCCGGUAGCGCUCUUUCUCGACGAUCUUACGGGAAAAUAGGGAAUUGUAACCAGUGUAUUAAAGUUAAAUGAUAAGUCUUUAAACAGGCAGGGUUUACUUUAAAAUCUUGUUUUCAGUUAAGAAGGUCUAGAGGAAAAGCUAUUUCAACACGCUAUAACCAGUUGCAAAAUUCUUGAGACACUACAUCUAAUUAAUAUAUAGAUUUAGCCAGGGCUAAAAGCGAAGCUCUCGAUAAUAUUUAUAGUUUGUUCAAACAAAAUAUAAAAUCGUGUAAUGCGAAGCGGCGGAAAACGGUCAAAAACAACAAUAGGUCUAAUUAGCAAAAAAGCAACUUUGUACGUGCAGCACUCUUUUUUUGUACAUUUCUUUGCCGUUGUUUUGUACGACUACAACGUGAAACUUCCAGAAACUUCUUAGUUACACGUUUUAUGGGGGAAAUGUUGUACGUGUUCUCGCUCACUUUUUUUCACUGCCGCUCAUUUAUACAUUGCAUUGGUGGCCGCUAGCAUUUCUCAUUUUGUCGCCGACGCUACACAAUUUCCAUGUUGUUCUUCCACCAAAAAAAUGCCUCGGCCUUUGUUUUUUACCUCUCUGCUCUAAAUCUCUGUCGCCCUUUCUCUCGUUGAGAUUCACUGGCCUGCCGCUCACUUUCUGUUUUUCUGUCUUUCUCUUGCUCUAUAUUCCAAAUUUGUUGACACGACAAUUUAUCUAAGCUUAAUACUUUAGACAACACGGAUACAGAAACAAUUUCCGCUUUCCGAUUUCGUCUUUAUUGACUCUUUUGGUUUUCUCUGCUUUACAAGACGCUGGUGGCUAUGCCAAUUCCCGCCAAAAUAACCUCGAGUUGCAUUUGGGUUGCCAUACCUGUUGAUUGAGUUGUUUUACAUUGGUAUGACUGUUUGCGGACGGAAGGUCUCUAGGGCGGUCGGUCGGUGUACGGUCACGUGAUUAACAAAUUUUUUUGGAUGGGUAGAUUACUUCAUUUUCUUACCCAUGGUGCUCCGCUGGCGCGCUUCGCGCGCCAGAGCUCCGCUAUUAUCCCGCCUCCUUCCCUUGUCAAAGUUCAGUAGCAAUUAAAAACCGUGAUUACAACUUUUGAACAGAGGGAAGGGAGAAAGCGAGUGUGUAUCUUACAGAUGUGUGACCAGUAGCGAUUUGAAGUAAAAAAGUCUGGUUUUUCGCCUGAGUGUCUUAACAGUUUUUGCAAGUGGUUGUAGCGUUUCAUGAUUCAUAAUUUAUACAACUCUCUAAGUUCUUAAAACGGACCGACACCUCUACAAGAUGUACACCUCGUUAAAACGGACACACAAACGUGCUUGUUCCUGACUUUCUUUACUCUUUUUAGUCGACUCCGUUUAAAGGCCGAUUUAGACGGUGACGACUGUUGCUUACGACUGUCGUGUGCGACUAGCAUACGUCAUCACUUUCGACCAUCCACCCGCGCACAAUUUUCACUUACAACAUCCACAUAUGUGUCGUACGGAUGUCGUGGGUCAUAACGAACGAUAGUCGCGCACGAUAGUCGUAAGCUAAAAUCGUACCGGCUAAAUCGGCCUUGAGGCGCACAUCUCUCUAAGACAGACGCAAAAAGCCGGUCCCUACCUUUCUUUACUUCUUUUUAAGGAUCUAAUCAUUUUUUCCUAUUUAUCGAACAUGUAUCGGUUAUUUUUUUUACUUUACAAAGUCUUCCGAGAAUGUCGUCAUGAUGUUUUUAAAAGCUUUUUUUGAAAAAUAAUUUCUUAAAGUGAUUUUAAGUUACAUUUUAUUACAGUUUUUUAUAUUCAUUUUUUUUUGCUGUUUUCAUUUUAAAAAACACAGUAUGGAAAACAAGGGCUACGAGUCGAUAAAAACUGACGAUAAAGACUUGGAAAACAAUGGCCGGCAUCCUGCUAAUUCAGCAAAUUUUGUUUCACUUUUGACCUGCUGGUGGAUGAAUGGCAUAUUCAGAACAGGAAACAAACGCCCAUUAGAAAAGUCUGAUUUCCUGCCACUUAACGAAGAAGACAAAACAAAAGUUCAAACAGAAAAACUUCAAGAGCAAUGGGAUAAGCAUGUACGCGAAUGUAGUAUCACCCCUGGUAAAGAGCCAAAGCUUUGGAAAUGCGUUCUAAAGAUUUUAUCCUUUAAAGAGGUUUCAUUUCUGCUAAGUUUCUGGUUUAUAGAGUCAGUCUUCCGUGUUACGCUUCCUCUGGCUCUUGGUCUUCUCCUUGCAUUGUUGCAAUCUACAGAAAGGAAUCAGCCUCUUGUAGCUGGUUGCUGUUUCUUUAUUGGAAUGGCAGGAGUAUUAUCCGCUACCACCCAUUACUCUGGUUUUAGAUGUGAUCUUCUGGGCAUGCGCUUGAGUAAUGCUCUCAAAGGGAUUGUCUAUCGCAAGGUAAAGGAUCUCUGAUGGAUUUUGUUGCUGUUGUAUUGUUACUGUUGUUCACCUUUUUGCUGUUACAAUCACCAGGAUCUUAAGUUUGUUCGCGAUAGAGCGGUUUUCGUUUGAGCCACUAAAACUGAUUACGGGAGGAAAACUGAAACAGAUAGCGAACGAGAAUAUAAGAACUUGAUUAGUUGAGUGAACAGACUCAUGCUAUGUUCAGACUAUAUCGCACUGCGCCGACACGAUUUCAGUUUUCAAAGACGUUCGCAAGCCUUGAUUGUGACGUUAAGUCGAACCGUGCCGAAUGAUGCUUAGUACACUAAAAAGGACUGAGGCAGAGAAACCUAAGCAUUCCCCACUAAAGACAACCGACACAAACGAGACAAAAAACAAAGAAAGAACAAGAAAAUAAACAAAAAUUAGAAAAAAUUAAUUACAAAUGAUCUGUUUACCAUGAAAUUCUCCUGUCAUUUGAGCGAGGUUAUGUUAAAAACAAUAUUGGAAGAAAAACUAUUCUUGGGUUGCACGUGACGUCACCAAAAAUCAAACUAAGAAACUAUCGAUUCUUCUGAGUUUCUACUUUCACGAGGUACUACAGUACCUAAACAUCUUUACAUAAACAAAUUUUUGGUUCGAAAGGGUUCUUCGUUUUGCGAGAGAGGACGCUUGAAUUUCCAGGCUUUUGCGUGACGCGGCUUUUAGCUGGCAGCCGGGAAAGCUCUUGUGUGGGUUAAAAACAUUACCGAUUUUAGGAGAUUUUGCAAUCUAAACAUUCCUUGUCUCAGAAUAAAUAUUACUGUAAUCUUUAUGAGUUCCUCAAGCGAAGAAUUCACGCAUUAGUAGGAAAACUUGAAAACAGAUGUUUCUGUUGGUAUCCGGCGGCCAUAUUGGUGUUCCUGAAAGGGACACCAACAUGGCGUUUCCAUACAAAGCUUUAUAAAUUUAGGUAAACCGUUUUUCCCAAUAUCUCGCAUUUGAAAUAUUUGACAGACCUGAUUCUUGGCAAGGGUUUUUGUUUAUUUAUCUUGUUUCAUUUCCUAGAUUCUAGUCCUUCUGUGUUGACUGGUUUGCAUUUUUAUUUUUCAUUGCGUGACAGUGCAAGCCGAGAAUCACUUUGGUAUGUAUGGCUGCUAGCCAGCCCAGGACCGCGCGGUAGUGUAAUUUUCGCGCCCUUUUGGGGUCAGGUGACCAAGCCGUUAUUUUUUAAGUUGCAUGAUCGUUAGCUCGGCGGUCAGAGAUUACUUCGCUCGCUAGUUCAGCGGAUGGAUUUUGGUUUUUCUGGACAAAUUUAUAAUAGGCUCACAAGUUUUACGUCAACCUUAUCUACUUGUCAGUAAAACAACAGCCGUUUUUCAGUGUUAGAAUUCACCGCGUUUGAGUUGUUGUCUCAAUGUGGUCACAGUAUGCUAUUACACACUCAUUACGGUUUAAGUUUCACUCAGUCUCACAGGCUGAAUUUAUUUUUAAAAAGCUUAAAUGUUUUGAACCGCUCUUAUGGCAAAGAAAAUGUGGUUAAUAUUAAGAACUGACAGCCAGGUCUGGUGACAAGAUGACUUUUAAUUUUUUUGCAGAUUCAUUUACUAACCCAGCAAAGCCUGCUGAAAGCAACAACCGGCAACCUUAUUGACCUCAUAUCAAACGACGUCCAAAGAAUCGAGCUGACCAGCAGAUGGAUUUUUGCCUCUUUCUUCUUUGCUUUAGAAUUUACAGUUGUCAUUGUUUUGUUGCUGCAUCUCAUUGGCUGGCCAGCAUUGAUGGGAGUUCUGUUUCUAGUGGCGAUGAUUCUUUGUGUCUUGAUAAUCUCAUAUAUAUGUGCUGGGCUGCGCGUGGAAACUGCGGAGGUAUCGGACAGGCGCCUUUUGUUAAUGAAUGAGCUCGUGACUGGUAUACGUGCUCUAAAAACGCAUGCGUGGGAAGAAUACUAUCAAGAAAAAGUGAAGGCUACGAGAAGGUGAGAAUAGUUACGCUAUGUUAAUUUACAUUAUACCGGAUACCGGAUACCGGAUUGCUUUUCUUGCCGACAAAAAAGCAAUCCAGUAUAUAGUAUGAACAGCAACGGCAUGGAACUGGAACAAGUCGUUCACACAUGUUGAACAUCGUGCCCGAGCGGUUUGCCAGGAGAGUUUGGUGGACUAAAUCCCAGAUCUAACUCCUUCAAAGCAUUUAUUUCUGUUUCAGUGGGUUCUACUCUUCUGUCCUACUUAUUCACUACCGCGACGGUCCAAAUAUUAGGUGGUCGUACUGCACCAAAAUAUGCGUUAUUAUGUGACACGCCAUUUUAGAGAUCGGCGCGGUACAGCUUCAAUCCGUCACAGAAAUCGCGCAGAAAUCAUCACCGCUCUUGUGUGUGAACAGAAGCCCUAUCCAGUGUUAUUUUCGUUGGAAGUUAUCCAGUAUAGUAUGAACAUAGCCUUAAUCCAACCGUAUAGUUCGUUUCAAGGGUCUCCUCUUACUCGCCAUCCCUCUCUUGCUCCGGCGGACGAGUAGGAGGGGACGCUGGGACCGAGGUUAACCACACAGAAUAGCAACAAGCAAACUUUUCAGAUUGAAUUAUCUACAUGGAUGCUUUUUUAUGUUAAAUACAGCCAGAAAAGCCAAUGACUAUUCCAAUGUACAUAUCUAUUCAGACGUUGGAUUCUGCGAAUUAUCACUGCUUAGCUUAACUCUUUUAAUCGUUAUUUGUCAACGUUAAAGAACCUCCCUUUGCUUAGAAAAUCACUUGGCGCCUUUUGAAUCACGUUCUUGACAUCUAGUUCAGCUACCUUGUCCUUUAAGCAUUAGCAAAAACUCACAAGGGGUUGAAACGUGUAACCCGCGUUCACUAAAUAGCUUGUGAAUAUUCACUUUACCAUAUUUGGAAACCUUAGCGAGGGAUAUCCAUUUUCAACAAAAUGGCUGCCUCGCGAUCACUAUGCGGCAGUUUUAAGACCAGAGUUCUGCAUUUCAAGGUUAAAAAUACACCGUUAAAAGACAAAAACUGGAAAGAGAAAGUUCAAAAGCCGUGAGAAUGCUCAGUUUUUUUUUGUGGAGGAAGGGAAGCUUUUCAUCAAGAAAUCGUCCUUCGAGGAAUUCAACCUUGUUUUUUUCACGGCGGAGCGCAUGGUCUGUUUUGAAAUGCAACGAUUUUGCUAAAUUUUCAGGUAUAUUUUGGACUCUAUGGACAAGAAAAUUACGUUUUUGGUGGGGAUUUCAGUAUGAAUUUUUAAAUGUCUCACAGACGUUUUAUACAUUUUUCUCGUCUGCGCUAAAGAAAAAUCCCAAAAUGCGCCUCUAUUUGAAAUGGAUUUUGUGUUGAAUUUUGCCAUGUGCUCAGCCGAUUUUACUUACGUGAACGGAUCCACGAUCCGGAUAGUGUUAUGCGAAUUGCUUUAAAGGGUUUGAAUAAAAAUUUUCAAGAAACGGCUUCAAUGUCUAAGAUUUUGAACUUUUUCAUUCAUAAAAUUAGCUAAAAACACGAUCGUUACACUACAGCAUCCAAGCUGAAUUUAAGCUUAAUGCUUCUCACAUUCAUUACACGCAUCACCUUUGGGAAGAUGUCAGGUUCAGUUUUUGGACUCUUUUUGAUACGCAGCUAAUGAAUUUUAUUCGAAAAUAUGUUUUAGUGUUUAUUCUAGACUUUUGAUACAAGAAUUUUAAAAGCCUAUUUGCAGUCAAUAAGUUUACUGCGAAGAGGGUCACCGAGGUAUCGUUUUUUGAAGUGACAACUUCAAGAAGUGGCGCGGUGGUCAGUGGAUUUCAUAAUAUUGCGUUUGGCCAGGGUGGUAAGCCAAUUUCCUGCUCAGUAUUUCGGUAAGAUUCCUGGUUUCAACCUUUGAAAGCUUACUCGGGGUUCGGGAGUUUUUCCCCGGCCCGUUGGUCGGCCAUUUUUUUAAGCGGGCGCGGGAACGUGAGGUAGAAUUACGUCACGUCCAUUCAAGAAGUUUGAUUGGUCAGUUCUAUUUUCUUCUCGUUCCAAAUAUGGUACUGUCGUAAAGGAAUAAUCACUAGCAUCGGACAAAGCAAACAUAUGAUAGUUACACGUUUCAACUCAUUAUGAGUUUCUGGCAUUAGUCAAUAGCAGCAGUGCCUGUUCUCCAGGCAAUUAAUUGUGAGGUAUUUUAAUCCACUGGUAGGGUAUUUGAAUCUAGACUAAUUUUAUCACUAGGUUGUGCUUGCUUAAGGUAUGCUCUUUAAAAGCUAAUAUUGUGCUGUUCGUAUAAAAAAAAACUUUGCCCGCAGUAGCUUUAUUCCAAAAGAUAACAAAGAUUUUCUUAACAUUCUUCCUGUCUUUAGUAUAGGCCUUUAUACACUCAAUAAUUAAUCCCAGUCAAUUAAAAAAUUCAUCUACAACUAGGAAACCAACCAAACUUUCUUUCUUUUACCUACUAGAGCUGAAAUAUGGAUUAUUAUGAAAAAGAGCGCUCUGUUAUCUAUCAUAGAUGGUGUUUCGUUUACGGCGGGCAGUGCAGGAACGUUCCUUUCAGUUUUGGCCAUCAUUUUAACAGGCCACUUCAUUUCGACGCCCACAGCUUUUAUGCUGCUUUCCUUUAUGUUUGCUCUAGAAAAGAUGGCGUUAAUUAGACUAUCAACUUCUCUUCCUUUAUUACUUGAGUUGCCUUCUGCCCUCCAGAGGAUCGAGCGCUUUCUUUUAAUGAAAGAAAUUCCCUUCAGACAACUCGAAUACUGUCAGAGUUCGUUUAGGCCGGAGAGUCGUUUUGCAUUGGCGUCGCCGAUUGUGUCUUCCCUAGACGAUCAUCGGACUGUUAAAAUUGUUAGCUCUGAAAACAAGGAUGAGAAAAUAGAUUUCACUUUAUCAGUUUCUGGUCUAACGUGCAAAGUGAAUAGCCUUGGUGAAAAGUUCCUUCUUCAAGAUGUAAGUUUUGCUGCGACCAAAAACAGCCUCACCGUGAUCACUGGUCAAGUAGGCAGUGGAAAGUCAACUCUUUUGGCCACAAUCGCGGGAGAGGUAAUAAUAACAAGUGGUAGCGUAGUCUGUCCCGGAACUUUAGCUUAUGUGCCCCAAUCGGCGUGGGUUUUCUCUGGGACCGUCAGAGAAAACGUCCUAUUUGGUGAGCCUUACAAUGAAGAGUGGUAUACCAAAGUUUUAGAGGCAUGUGCGCUAAUUGAAGACAUCAACAGAUUUCCCAGUUGUGACAGUACCUUUGUUGGAGAACAUGGUAUCGUGUUGAGUGGAGGUCAGCUUGCCCGUGUCAAUCUUGCACGCGCAGUGUACGCAGAUGCAGACGUUUAUCUACUGGAUGAUCCUUUAAGCGCCGUGGAUGUUAGAGUGGGUGAACACAUAUUUGAACAGUGUAUCUGCAAGCUUCUACGAGACAAAAUUAAAGUAUUGGUGACACACGAACGGAAGUACAUGGUGGUAGCUGAUCAAGUUUUGGUCCUUGACAACGGGUCAGUAUUAAAGAAUGGCAGUUUUAGUGAACUUUCAGAUGCGGAGAAAAUUUUAGUUACUAUCAAAGAUGCAUCAGUCGCUGCAAAAGAAACAAGAGAUGAAAGUGGCACGUCUCGAAUGCGUUUCAUAGGCGUCCGUGAUGGAUCAGACGAAACUUUGGAGAUCUCAGAAGAAGAAAGAGCCACCGGAAGAGUCUCUCCUGCUUUGUACUGGAAUUACAUUCGAACUGGAUUACCUUCAUUGGGCGUAAUUCUUGUGAUUUUACUUUGUGUGGUGAUCCAAGGUGAGUAAGCGUUUUUGCGGCGUGCGUGCAUGUAUGAUUAUUGCAUAAAUUAUGAAAUAAUCACGCACACUUGCGACCAUAUAAUUACCCUGGUCCCAGAGGUUUUUCUUGAUUUUUCUUUGCGAAAGAGAUGAAAAGCAAGCUGCGAAGCGGCGACAACGAGUUGCGAAAGCGACGAGGAGAGAGAGAAAAACCUCUGGUUACCUUGGCCUCGAAUCUCACUUUCAUGCAGACGACAGCUGUCAAACGCGUCAAAUUGCUAAUAAAAAGGAUGACCAAUGGCCAUUCAGCAAACACGUGCUUAUCAGCUGCUAUUUUUUUAAGCGGGGGUAAACCUGGGGGAAAUUAUGUUAUGAACAAACCAUCUCCACUUGGGUGGUAAAGAGUGAUUCGUUAAUCGGGGUAAAGCUAAAGCAUGUGUCAACAAUGGGCGACAAGAGUCCAGGAACAAGAACACUACUUAAAGAAACCAACACUGUUCCAAACGACUGCUACAGGAUUUGCAGAAUUUAUGUAAAAAUAAGUGGCCGAACUAAAAUCAACGUUUUUGGGUAUAAUAACAAGGAUUUUUCACAAACAUUGUCAUCUGUUUCGCAGUUCGCGAAUAUGCGAGUCCACAACAGACUUGAGAGGACAGACAAGCAAAAUUAUUGCAUGGCGAGGGUAUGAGUAGCCUCUUAAGGAAAGGUACUUGCAAUAUACUUUCCAUGUCCGGUUGAUUAAAUGGUGAACACAUCUUUUCGACUCAAGGCGGCGAACAACGCUUUCAUUUGUUGCUCAGUGAGGCUCAGGAAAGCGCUCAUCAAGUACCGAGGUCAAAAAUUCUUCGAAUAUUCUUUCAGGAACAACAUCCAUGUCAAAAUCUCGAAAUAUGGAGUGCCUUUACGUGCCUGGGUCCCGUGCAAAUGUUAUUGCGAGUGCAGUAUACAAACAAUUUUCUUCCCAGGUAGAGAGAGGCAAAAUUUACCUUCAGAAAUGAGGUGUAAAAAUCUUCAGCGUCCCCUCGGUAGUUACAAUUAAACGAGCCAAUCAAAUUGGUUUGCGUGUUUGAAAAAAUAUCAACCAAUCAACGCCCGAGGGUCAGAUCCUGACCCUGUCGUCUGCGUGGAAGUGAGAUUCGAGGCCAAGGUAACCAGAGGUUUUUCUCUCUCUCCUCGUCGCUUUCGCAACUCCUUGUCGCCGCUUCGCGGCUUGCUCUUGAUCUCUUUCGCAAAGAAAAAUCAAGAAAAACCUCUGGGACCAGGGUACCAUAUAAUAGGGGGGUUAGGCGUUAUAAAUACUUCAUAUAAUAUUAGUUAUCACGUAAUGGGUGUAAUGCUCGCUUAAGUUUGGGUGUUGGGACACGUUCCAUGAAGUGAUUUUUUGGGUGUUAAGGUAGAAUGUGUAAUCAGUCAAUUUUUGAUCCCUCUCUUUCUAAAGGAGCGAAAAUUACCAUAUUUAAUUCUUGUGCAUGGGUGUCGUAAGUUUACGACCGAGUGUAUUUGAGAACGAAAUGGUGGCGAAAAAUUCGUUGCAAUAAAGUUUUCUAAAAACCCCAAUGAUGCAGGACUAAGAGCUGUUUCUUUUCACGGUGGGUCGAUGAUUUAUAGUUUACUAUGUGUUACGAUUUUUUAAAGAUGUGUACAUACGAUGGAAUCGAAGAACGCUCUUAAAAGCUGUAACUACCGCUUGCUUGGAGAUUAGAUAAGAAAUGAGGAGGGGAUAGCCUGAAUUUCAUCCGAUUACUUCGAGUCGUUAUUACUUCCUCAGUAACGUCUGAAUCGACCGGCCGUUAAUGCCGUCCAGUGGCGUGACUACUCCUUUGCUUUAAUUCAGGCAAAGAGUAAAACCCGAUUUUUCAAGUGGCAGACCGAGAAAUAUCGUUUGGAAAUGUCUGCAUGAUGCAGAAUUGCUUUACUUUUUUCGAUCUUAAUUCAUAUUUAACGGUCAAACUAUCAACUGCAUGAAGUACAGCUCUGAACCGGUUGUAAUUCCAUAAUCAAAGUCGGUCGCAAUCACGUAAUAAAAUAAAUACACACACGGAACACUUAAUUCAAAAACACAACGGAUUGCUUUAGUUGAUAAGAAGCUGUCAUAUCUGGUCCUCAACGAAGAAACAAACAAGGAAACAAGAAAGAAAAGCAAAGAGAAUCAUUACGUAUACACUUGACGGUGAAAAUAGCAAGAAGAUCGAAUUAUAACAUUGAUCUCAGAAAACUUCGCAUAAACAAAAUCACUGCCGAAACCACUAAGCGGCUCUAAAUGGAAAACCUACCGACUCUCUGCAGUGAUUCUUCAUUCAGUUCAAUUUAGCAUUACAGUUUCGAAGACAAGGGCAAUUUUACUGUUUACUAUAAAGAUUAUCGAAAUGUUUGAACUCCACGCAAGCACGCCAGUGACGCGAUCCGCUGCAUAUCAAGUGACAAUCCCUCUAAAAUGUGUCAUAAUUAUACAUAAUUAUGUGAAUGUGUAGACAAUCAACCAAUUAAAAUCACUACACGGUUUUCGGGUAGUAGUGACGUCACUGGACGGCAUUAACGUCCGGUCGAUUCAGACGUUACUGAGGGAGUAAUAACGACUCGAAGUAAUCGGUUGACAUUCAGGCUAAGGAGGGGAUUAAUUCUACACAAAACAGGAUUUCCUCGCUAAAAGGUUUUCAUUUCCUACUCAUAUCGACGGUCGAGUAUUCUUCAGGAUAUUUACUAUUUACAGCGUAUUUAACGAUUUGUUUCUGAAUUGACUGAGUAGGUAUGUAUGAAUACAUGAAAAUCGAGGGCCUCGAUUCGAGAGAAAUUACAUCACUGCCAGACAGCAAAAACGUGAUAAACAUGACGUUUCUUUUCAGUCAUCGCCAAGACUCAUUUGCAUGCAAUGAAAGUUUGUACAACACGGUGCCCGACCUGUUAGCCUCACCAUCGAAGUUUUGCUCGUUAAAGUAUUCAUUCACUUUUUCCAAAGUAAUUAAUUAUUUCAAGCGAUAGAAUUCGUGGACCGACCCGUUUCGGAAAGCUCUACAUUUUUCGCAUUAAGCUUUCCUAAGUUUUCUUCUCAAAACAUCAGCAUGGCGCUGGUCACGCCGCGAUUCUUAUCACCCGUUUCCACUGUCUCUGUUAGGAACGCCUAGAACCAUGACUGUCCUUUUGGCGCGCACGCAGGAAAAAAAAAGAAGAAAAAAAAGAAAAGAAACGCCUGGAAAUUUAGAGUCUCGCUGCUAAAGCAAGAAGUUAAGAUUUUGGCUACAAGUGGUGCCACUUACUAGAAAGGCUCUUACCCUGUUUUCUCGGGGGAGCGCCACGCCUCUAAUUCAAUUUUCCGAAUCAUUAUUAAACUUUCUAUUUGAGAAUGACAGCCUUGCAAAGUCGUUCUUUCCUUUCUUAGUUAAUUUCUUUUUUUUUAUUGAGACCUUGAAAGUUGUUUGGGCGGGGGCAAAGGUAGACUGCUUUACUUUAUCCCUCACUUUGUGUGGUCCUGAGGAAGGGGACGCUAACUCGCUGUCUAGGGAAAAAGUAGAGUCAUGGGUAUGUUUGCCACUGCAAAUUUAAAGUGAACUGGCCGCUGUUGAGGGUAUCGAUUUGAGCAUUUAAGUCUGGGAUAGGGUAUGUAAAACAGUGAGUCACGGUUUUUUUAUUUCUUCUUAAGUUCUUUCGUUUCCAUUGCAGGUGUUAUGUUAUUGCCAGAAAUCUGGUUAUAUUUUUUGACGCGGAUGUCCUGGGAAAACCAACAAGACAAAACAACACUACAGAUUUACGCCAGUCUGGUGGCCGCUUCCUUCUUUUCCGGUAUGAUACGCGCUGGUCUUGUGUACAAUACAUUACUCAGGUCAGCCAGAAAACUGCACGAUAAAAUGGUCUCAUGUCUCCUUCGGGCUCCAGUUCUAUUUUUUGAUACAAAUCCUGCUGGACGCAUACUCAAUAGGUGCUCCAAAGACAUCGGCUAUAUUGACGAACUUCUACCCAAAACGUUUUUACAUGUCACCGGAAUUUCGUUGGUCCUCCUUGCGGCAAUAUUGCUGCCUUCGUUCUUGAACUUCUGGCUCUGUCUGGUUACCGUUCCAUUUAUGGCCGCUUGCCUCUACCUCACACGGUAUUACUUGAAUACAUCACGAGAGCUCAAGAGACUGGAGUCAAUCUGCCGCAGUCCUGUUUUCUCGCACUUCUCGGAGACCGUGGCUGGUUUAAGCACGAUUCGAACCCGAGAAAAGGAAAGAGAUUUUAUAGAGCAGUUUUACCGGUAAGUAUUUUUCAGCUGCUCUUAUAAUUACAUUUCUUGUAAUUCGGACGCCUGACGUAAUGACAUCUAGCAGGAGCCCAUGCAGCGAGCUUGUGGAAAUGCCAAAUUCGACAAAAUUUACUGAAAUAUUUAACACUAUUGAACACUAUAUCAUAAUUUUUGAGUAAUCAGUUGUUGUUUUGUGUGGUUUAAAGCUGCUGUUCUUUGCUUAUCGCUGUCACGUACUGAAAAUCAUACACUAAAAGGAAAAACGACGGAGAGGAAAGAAGACGGCAAACCUUGUGUGGCAAGCGUGACAAUAAUUUUGUUUAAAAGAACUUCACCUUUCUUUUAACAGAUCUUUUUGUAAAAGACCAGGAAUAAUCAAUGUUCACGGAAGAUCACGACAAAACACUCGAGCAAUAGCCCUGUCACGUUUGUCACACACAAGCGCUUUGCCAUCCUGUUGCGUAAACUCACUAAAGGUCUUUUUACGGGAAGGCUCGGCCCGAAAGGGGCAUCUUUUUUGAUAUAGGCUUCAGGUAUAGACAACAGUAGGGAUUUCACUAGCUGAAGUAUAUGAAAGGUAGAAAAAUCUAAGAUUUCGGUCUGUAAAUGGACCUAAAGAGCUAACAGAUCUCUUCAGCAAAUGCAUCUUAUGGAAACUAAAAAGACAAGUCUAUUUGAAAUUAGGUAUGUGAAAAGCGUCCCAUUUGGUAGAAACUAAAGGGUAUCGGAUCGGACAUUAGGGCGAAUCCUUCCCGUACAAAACGUUGUUGAAUAGUCCCCGAAACUCCGGAACUGAGGGCUUUUAAUUACCAAAAUUUUGCGAAAUUCCUGUCACAUUCACGCGUCCUUGACAGAAAUUGGGCACAAUUUAGUUGUCAAUUUCGACGCCCGCCUAGCUGUGCUUGCCUCCAGCAAGGUGAGAGAGGCAAGCGAACAACAUAGGGGUCAAACCCCAUCCAAAUCACAAGAGACUGGGAGGUGUACGGUGAAUGAACAUUAUUUCUUUAAUCAGUACAGUGCGUUUCGAUUUUUGAUUUUGCGAAAUCACUAAAAAUCAACUGCCAAACCAUGAGCGAUGAUCUGUUGCGCUAAUAUACAUAUAUUACUAUAAUUAAUAAAUUUUUGUAUUUGCCGGCACUGAGAAAACAUUUUAUCUCUAGACAUCAAGACCUGCAUAACCAAUCGUUUUACAUGGUAUCAGCAUGUUCUAACUGGAUUGGAGUAAGAGCCGAUUGCCUGUUUAGCGUAUUAACAACUGCAGCAGCUUUUGGGUUUUCUUUUCUCUUCCAGUUUCAAGGCAAGGGCUAUAUCGCGCAACUCAGGGAAGAUAAAUUGUUACUCCAGUUUUACGACAGACUCUCGGCGCUGAGACAAGUGCGAUGAUAAAGACUUUAUCUGAAUAGCAAUGACGGAAAGCUACACUUUCAUGCAGCCGCUUUCUCUCAUACUGUAUUUAUACUGCUACAUGAGAAAUUUCUGCAACUUGAUUGACUCAGAGCGGUAGUAUUUCAGCUUAAUUUGAAGUAUCUUCAUGUGAAAAUUACAAACCUUUUGCGGGUAGUAGUAUGAUUUGUACGUGAUAUUUGGCAUAAAUACCGCUCGUGAUAUUUCAAAAUUUUCUCAAAUUUCACUCGCCUAACGGCUCGUGAAAUUACGUAUAACAAUUUCGAAAUAUCACUCGUAGUAUUUAUGGCAAAUAUCACUACAAAUCAUGCUAUUACCUAUACUAAUUGCGACUUUAAUUGCAACUCGCAGAAACUGUCAAUCCUGCCUGAUAUAUUAACUAUACUAAAAGAAAAUGCAUAUAUUGCAUUGUAAACUGAUCGUUAGCCGAGUUAGAAAUUUAGUUAAAAUCUUUUAAAGCGUUACAUUCGUUAAGGUCAGAUACUGAUUCGGUCAGAAUGUCCUAAUGCGUUCUAGGGCGGCUAACUCAUACGUAUGCAAUAUAAUUUGGCCUUUAAUGAUGUUUUUUUUUCUCAAUUCACUUGCAGCAUUUACUGGUCUUGUCCUGGCGUACGCCAUCAACACUGCAAAGGGGUGCCAAUUUGCUGUGCGACAAUUUGCAGACGUUGAGGACGCCAUGACGUCUGUCGAGCGACUCAUGGCUUACGCCAAUCUCAAGCCCGAGCCAGGGUACAACAUCAAAACACUUCCGCCCGUCAACUGGCCAAACGCUAGCAGCCUGAGUUUUAGAGAUGUUUCUUUGAGGUAUUACCCAGGUGGUCCACAAGUUUUGAAACAUUUAACUUUUGACAUUCGAGAGAAACUGAAGUUAGGAAUUGUUGGUCGCACCGGAGAUGGAAAAUCGUCAAUUGUGGCAGCUCUUUUACGCAUGCCUGAGGCUGACGGAGAGAUAUUCAUCGAUGGCGUCUCCAUUAAAGGCAUUCAACUGCAGGAGUCGCGAAAAUGUGUUUCAGUGCUCAGCCAAUCACCUGUCCUCUUAAGUGGAACAAUAAGAAAAAAUCUUGAUCCUCUGGAGAAGCACGGAGAUGACGAACUAUGGAACGCCCUUGAAGUAGUAACAAUAAAAAAUUUGGUUAAAAACCUGGAAGGGGAACUUGACUACGAGCUUUUAGAGAGAGGCGAGAACCUUAGUGUAGGUGAACGCCAGUUAAUCUGCUUAGCUCGCGCGCUACUGCAGCAGAGUAAAAUCGUCAUCUUAGAUGAGCCAACGGCGUCUGUCGAUCCUAAGACAGAGCAAACAAUCUGGACCACCGUGCACGAGAAACUGAAGAAUUCCACUGUGAUCACUAUAGCUCACCGACUGAACACUGUCCAAGAUUGUGACAUAAUUCUAGUAUUAAAAGAAGGCGAGAUCGCUGAGAUGGACACAAGUGAUACCCUGCUUGGACAAGAAGAUGGGAUUUUUUACAGAAUGGCCGCUUCCCAAAACUUAUUACAUGAAUAG